UUACACCAACAGACUGGGUGCGGAAAUGAUUUGAAGCUCCGUGCUUCUGCACGCCCUCUAACGUUACGUGACAUUCCGGACACACGCAUCAUGGCGGCUUCCGCGCUCAGCCCCGUGUUGUCGCCGUUAAUUAGGUUAAACUGCAAAAGUAACAGAUUUUAUACACUUAUUGUACUUAACCAGAGAGUCGCAUACUCCAUAGGACUGCCGACGAGCAAUGGCGCUGAGAGCCAAGGUUUGCUAGAGAGGGGCGGUCGGGGUCUCAGGAAACCAAGACGGGCGGCUGGAGAACCACGGACAGAGCGGAUGAUGGUGGAUCAGGACUGGACUGCAGUUUAUCCCACUCCUAAGUCUUUUAAACCUGACGCUGUGCCAUUACCAGUGCGAAUGGGCUACCCGGUAAAAAGAGGGGUGCCUCCUGAGAAAAAGGGCAACCUUGAACUUAUAAAGGUUCCGAACUUCUUGCACUUAACCCCAGCUGCCAUCAAGAAACACUGUGAAGCCCUCAAACCGUUCUGCACUGAGUGGCCUGCCGCUCUGGACUCUGAUGCUAAGUGUAAGGAACAUUUCCCCAUCCAGAUCCAGACUAAGGACUAUGUGUCUGCUGGACCAUCGCUCAGGAACCCAGACGCUCGAAUUGUCACACUCACAGUAAAGUUGUCCAGUUUGAAUCUAGAUGAUCAUGCCAGGAAGAAAAUGAUCAAACUGAGUGGAGAGCGCUACAACAAAGAGACAGACAUACUCACCAUUACCACUGACAGUUGUCCACUGAGACAGCAGAACUAUGACUACGCCAUGUACCUGCUCACUGUUCUGUACCAUGAAUCCUGGAAAAUGGAGGCGUGGGAGAAAGAUAAGACGCGCGCUGACAUGGAGGAGUACGUUUGGGAGGACAGCCCCUCUCAGAAGAAUAUUCUGGAAACCUUGUCGCGCAUGCAUCCACUUAAGGAGAAGCCUGAGGACGAGGGAGGAGUGCGGGAGGAGCUGCUGGGACGGCCGGAGGUGCAGGAGUACAAAAACUCUGUGACCAAGCUCAAGAACGAGGGAGAGACAGAGAGCAACAUGCAGCAGUACAAAGAGGCGGUGAAAAAGCUACUAAAUAUCUAAAAAAAAAAAAAAAAGGGCUGUAAA